AGACAGACAGACAGACAGACAGAAAAGACAUCAUCAUCAUUUAGACUGACAGAAAAAAAAAAAAAGGAUCUGUCAGCUUCCGUUAAUUACAAAAAGUUUUUUUACAGCACAACUAAUUUAUUAAGUCAAUUGAUCAAUUGAACAACAUCAACAGUCAUGAGAGUAUCAAUCAAUCCAUCAAACAUACUAUUCAUAGCAGUCCUUCUAUGUCUGAUAGGGAAGAUCGUCGCCAUGGACAUGGAUAUGGAUAUGAGCGAUGACGAAGGAGCCGAUGGCAUGCUACCCGAUAAGGUUAGUGCGGUUACUGCUACUAGUGAUUCAAAUGCUGCCAAUUCAUUACCAUCACUUAUACCUGUUCCUCAUGUCGUGAUGCAUCAUCAUGGUUUACCUAUCUUAGAAACCAAUUUGAAACCUGAAGAAAGAUUAUUCUGGGAAGCUUAUAACACUACAACUUACUAUAAUGUCCCCACAUCCCAUCGGGCCGCACUCUAUGUACAUAUCAUAUUAGGAUUGAUUGCUAUGACAAUAAUUUAUCCUAUUAGUCUUAUAUUUAAUAAUUUGAAUUUAAAUAGUGGUUAUUUAAUUACUUUAACCAUCCAUACGGCAUUGAUUUUAAUAUCAUUAUUGAAUUAUUCCAUCUUUAUCAAUUCAAUUGAAGAUUUAUAUCCUGGUAAUGCAUAUAAUAAAAUGACAUGGAUACUUUUAUUUUCCACUAUUAUCCAAUAUGUUAUGGCAUUGAUUAAUUUUGGAUAUAAAUAUAUCAAUAAUGAAUUCAAUGGGAUUGGUAAUCAUGAUAAAAGUGGUAAUAAUAAUAGUUCCAAUGCCUUGAAUGAUUAUAAUAUGUUACCAUUUGAAGAUUAUGAUGAUAAUCAUUCCGGUUAUUCAUCUCCCACUAUAACUCUUUAUGAUUUAUCAAGACAAGGUACAACUUCGAAUUCAUUAGACUUAAAUGAAAAUUCAAAUGGUCAUGAUAUGACUUCAACCAAUGCUAUGUUAUUACCUGAUUCUAAUACUAUGAAACUUCAUCAAUCAUCUCCUCCUCCUUCAUUCAUAUCUAAAAUAUUUUCAUUUUCAAUUUUCCAACAUAUUUCAUCGUCAAUUUAUAAUUUCUCCCAUAUUUCAUUCAAUUUAUUAAAUUGGGGUCAUUUCUUUUAUUAUCUUGUUUAUAUUCCAACUGGUGUGGCCACUUUUGCAUUAUAUGGUAAAGGAUCAACUGUAUUUAAUUUAUUAGCCCAUUUCAUUAAAGGUGGAGUUUUCUUUGCAUAUGGUUUAUUAUCAUUAGCACGUUAUUCUGGUGCUUUCCAAGCCAAAGGGUGGGCAUGGAAUCAUAAAUUUAUGACUGAAUCAAAUGUUAAAUCUUCAUUUUGGAAUAGAAUUCAAAGUAGAGGACUUUGUACUAUGGAAAUGAUUGAAUCAAGUUUAAUUUUAUUUUAUGGUUCAACUAAUGUGUUUUUAGAACAUUUGGCUGAUGCAGGACAAGAUUGGAGUCCAAAAGAUUUACAACAUGUUUCAAUUGCAUUUAUUUAUAUUGGAACUGGAUUAUGUGGAGUUAUAACUGAACUUAAAUUAGCAAGUUGGAGAUAUGAAAAAUCAAUUGAAAAUUUAGAAAAAUAUGAAAAAGUUAAUUCAAAAUCAAAAGAUCAAAAAGUUCAAGUUCAUUUUAAUGGUAAUGAUUCAAAUCAUUCAUCAAAGAAAUCAAAAUUCUUAACUAAACUUUCAUCAUUAAUUUUAAAAGCAUCACCUGGAUUUUCUCCAAAUCCUUUUCCAACUGUUACUGUUUAUUGGACUGGUAUUAUAAUGUCAUCUCAUGAACAAGCCAGUGAAUUAUCAACUGCUAUUCAUGUUCAAUGGGGACAAUUGUUUGUUAUUGCUUGUGCAUUUAGAUUCAUGACUUAUUUAUUGAUGUUACUUACUCGUGCCAAUAUUAAGAAUUUAUUAAAACCUUCAAGACCAUUUACGGAAUUAAUUGUUAGUUUUGGAUUAAUUUGUGGAGGUUUAGUAUUUAUGGAAUCUACUGAUCCAGUAGUUUUAAGUUUUGAAUAUUAUGGAUUCACUGCCAUGUUUACUUUAAAUCUUUCAUUAGGAUUUGUGAUGUUAAUUAUGAGUUGGGAAAUGUUAUUGUUUGCAUUUAAAGAUUGGUUAAUUGAAAGAUAUAGUAACAAAAAGUAUAUUAUUAAUACUAGUAGUACUAGUAGUAAUGUAUGAUUAUAUAUAAUUAGAAACAAAAAUCUAAUUAAAAAGUGAAAAAUAAAAAGUUCUAUUUAUUUAUUUAUUAAUUUGUUGAUGAAAGAGAUAAAAACAAUUUCAUUUCAUUUCAUAUUAUUUAAUUUUUAAUACUUAAUUUUGUUUACUGAGUUAGUGCUUUUAUUUUAUUUGUUUGCUUUUGUUAUUUACUGCUUUUUAUUGCUUGUGUUUGUUUGAUAUUUUGUUAUUAUGUUAUGGUUUUAUGAUUUUACAGGGUUAAGGGGAACUUGCAACUUUAAUUAAAAUUCUCAUGUCAAUGUUCUAACCCAAUAAAAAUAACUUUGUUAUUAUUAUACAUAUAUGUUUACACAUGAUUUUGCUUUUUUAUUUAUUUAUUUAUUUAUUUAUUUAUUUAUU